AUGUUGAAGUCACGGGAGGAGGCUAUGAAGGGUGUCGAGGCGAUUUUUGAGAGAUACCGACUAAUCGCCCAAGCCCAAAACUUCAAAGGAUUCGACUGCCACAUCAUGGACAAUAUCAAAAUCAUCGAUGCUACCUCUUCAGGAACCGCAACGUUCGAAUUUUUAAUAGAUGAGCAAUAUAGCAAUAUCAACAAUGUGAUGCAUGGAGGAGCCGGUGCUGUGAUAUUCGAUAUGUGUACUACGUUUGCUUUGGGACCUGUUGCGAAGCCUGGAUCUUGGGAUUUUCUGGGUGGUGUAACGAGGACGCUCAAUUUGAGUUAUUUAAGAGCUAUUCCUGUUGGUACAACUGUCCGUAUAUCCACCGAAGUAGUACAAUAUGGCAAAACGAUGGCGAUGCUUCGUGGUACCAUGACGAGUCAAGAUGGAUCAAUCAUUUACUGUACGUGUGAACAUCAUAAAGUGCGCGUGCCGACCCGGAGAGAACAUUUAGAGCAUAAGGUAGAAUGGGAUGACCUGUGGAGUAAAGACUCGGAUGGGAAAUCGAAAUUAUGA